ACCGUCUGUAUUGAUGCAUUAAACUAAUCUAUUGAUUCGUUUAAAUCUACGUUUGUUUAUAUACCGAAAGUUUUUCAAUUUAGGCCUAGUGUUUUUAUAAAUUUAAUCCUGUUGCAUUUGCAUUAUAGGUUAGGAAAAGUCGUUGUCUUCAAUUGAAACCGAGCACCAAUUCAGUUCAUCGACCUUGAAUAAUAGUUGUGUUACUGCUCAGCCAUGUUUUCUCUCGAAUAGAAAGUGGGCCAAGUGCUGAUGUUAUACCGAUAGAAGUAAACGUUGUGUGGAUUUAAAUAUUAGUAAUAUUGUAGUAUUGUGUUAUCCCGUCAUCAUUUUGAAAUUUAAAAACCAGCCUAAUGGAAAUGGACGCAUCUGAUCGAGGUCUCAGUUUGGACAGCAACAUCUCCCUGACUUCAGUAGGACCUCAGUCACCCCUAGAUAUGAAGCCAGACAAAAGGAUACUGUGUGGAGGGGGGUUCAGUCCAGGAGGACCUCAUAGUCCUGGAGGUUUCCAGAUGGGUCCGAGUAGUAUUCUUAACAACUCCAGUGCUGCCAACUCACCUUACCCUCCCAACCAUCCACUGUCAGGCUCCAAACACUUGUGUUCUAUCUGUGGCGACAGAGCCAGUGGAAAACACUAUGGGGUUUACAGUUGUGAAGGCUGCAAGGGCUUCUUCAAGAGGACAGUUCGCAAGGACCUGACCUACGCUUGUAGGGAGGAGAAGAGUUGUUUGAUAGACAAGAGACAGAGGAACAGAUGUCAGUACUGUCGCUACCAGAAGUGUCUCUCCAUGGGCAUGAAGAGGGAAGCUGUGCAGCUUGAUCGUCAGGAGGAGAGACAACGGACCAAGGAGAGAGACCAGAAUGAGGUGGAGUCGACCAGCAGCAUGCACACUGAUAUGCCUGUGGAGAGGAUACUGGAGGCGGAGAAACGAGUGGAGUGCAAGAACCAGGUCCAGCUGGAAGUUGACAACAUUUGCCACGCCACAGACAAGCAGCUGUUUCAGCUAGUAGAGUGGGCCAAACACAUUCCUCACUUCACAUCGCUGCCUCUGGACGACCAAGUGCUGCUGCUCAGGACCGGAUGGAAUGAACUGUUGAUAGCUGCGUUCUCACAUCGCUCAGUAGAGGUGAGGGACGGCAUCGUUCUGGCCACUGGUCUGACAGUUCACCGCAACUCUGCCCAGCAGGCUGGUGUAGGCAAUAUCUUUGACAGGGUACUCACUGAACUAGUGGCCAAGAUGAGGGAGAUGAACAUGGACAAGACAGAGCUCGGGUGUCUUCGCUCUAUCAUCCUUUUCAAUCCUAGUGUGAGAGGACUCAAGUCCCAGUCUGAGGUAGAGGCACUGAGAGAGAAGGUGUACGCUACACUGGAGGAGUACACAAGACUACGACAUCCCGAGGAGCCUGGUAGAUUCGCCAAACUGCUGCUCAGGUUACCAGCUCUGCGCUCAAUCAGCCUUAAGUGCCUAGAGCACUUGUUCUUUUACCAGCUCAUUGGUGAUGCUCCCAUCGACACCUUUCUGAUGGAAAUGCUGGAAAGUCCAUCGGAUUCACGACUUGAUUAAACGUAAAUUUUAUUAUAAGUGUAGUAUAAGUGUUAUCGUAAGUAUUUUUCUUUCCAUGUGGAUCUAAAGAGAAAGUAAUAUUAGCAGAAUUAAGAGUUGUUAUCGUGUUUGAAGUUCUGUUGUUUGUAGUAUUCCUUCUACGAAUAUUCUUCAAACAAAUAGUUGGUGCUUCUGUUAUUUUAUAUAAUAGUUUUAUCAUUAAAUUAAUUCACUUGCACUCACAAUGCAAUAGGUUCUGCAUAGUUAAAUGUUUUUCUGUUACUAGGUAGAACAAUUUUAUUGAUAAGAAUGUUCUUGUAGUUUUUACAAUCCGAAGGACUAAAAGUUUUUUCAGUAAUAGUAUAUUUCGUACCUAGGGCCGAAAAUGAGGUUUUGCCGGCUCGAGAUAGUUUUUAAGUUCGAGACUAAGUCGAGAACUGAAAACGAUCAAGAGCUGCAAAACCAUUGCGGUCCAUGGUACAAACGCAAUUUUUCACCACACUAUACCCUAUUACCACUAUUCACCAUAAUAAUAAUGCACACUGAUAGUCAACACAACUACAACUUAAAAAAAGGUUAUGUGAAGAAAUAAUUUGAGAAAUCAGCAAAAAUAAUAAUAAAUAGUUGCUAGGCAGCGGUAACAAUAAAAAAAUUCUAUUGCAAUGCUAUGGAUACUGACUCUGUAUUUAAUAUGCAUUCAUGUUUGAAGAAAGUAAGCGGGCAGCUGAUUUUGCGGCCCUAGGGAUGUUAAAACCUGUUCGGUCCGCAAAUAACGAUGAUAGCUGGCAUGGCCAGCAAAACGUAACUUUCAGCUACCAAUUAAUGUAUGUAAAACAGCUAAAAACAUCAUAGUGUGGUGAAAAACCUUUUUUGGGUGUAUUUUAUUAUCUUCAAAUGUUUUUGACUUAAGUCCAUUAUUAUCACUACGGUACUGAAAUUAUGUUAGAGUAUAUGUUGUUGAUUGUUAGGAAGCCAUAGUUUGACUUUGAGGCCGAAAUAAUAAAUAUUAAAGAAAAUGUGCUUUGAUCAGAAUUAAGUUGUUAUUAAAGUUUGCAACCUUAACCCUAGUUUAAGUUUGAUUGCCAAGUGGUUCUUUGAAUGGCUGAACUGUAAAGAAAUGAUUCAUUUUUUUUUUACAUUUUUAUGAUCUUCAAAAUAUUUGUGUCCUUAGUUGGCCUAAUGCUUUUUGAGAUAUUGGUGUUGUGCUUGAGUGAAAAGUUUAUCUGCAAAAAUCAUCUUUUAUGUUUUACAAGCAAAUUGUCCAUGAUCUCUUUGUUCUUCCUUUUCUGUUUUUAGUAUGUUUAUUUUGUAAUUACAUAAAGUUUUGUAGUUUAAAUAUGUGUACUGUUCUGUUAUUGUUUUAUUAAAUCAUCGUUUAUCCAAAGCUUGUUGACCAACUAGGUUCUGGAUUUUGAGUCGUACUUGAUUAUUUCAUCUUUAUUGCUUUAACUGACUAAUACGUUACUCCUUUCAUAGAUUUAUAGGUUGUUCAUUUUAAACCUUUUUUUAUAAUUCUGUGACAAAUAAUUUGUUUAAUGAAUUACUAAUUUUUUAUUUUCAACUGGUGAUUCCGUGAUACCUGUUCUGUAUUCAGAGCAUUGUAUUUAUUUUGUUAGAUUUAGUGUAAAGUUUUAACCAGUCAUUAACAAUGGUUUAACUUAUAGCCACACGUACAAAAAUCAACAAGUUUUCCCUCUUGAAAUGACAAGCUGUUUUGGUUUGGAUGAAUUUUUUUUUAUUUAUACUCAUUUUUAAAGGGGUUUUACCUAAAUAACCAAUAGUUCAAUCUUGUGUUAAACCCCUAUUCAAUUUUUGUGGCUUACUACUUCUCAAGUUAGCUUUUACCUUUGACUAUUAAUACAACUUCAGUAUCCAAUAGUCAAUGCUUGUACUUUACAGUCUGCUGAAAUUGUACCCAAUUGUGCGUAUUAGAACCCUUUCCCCACCACCAUCGCUUUGAUAGAAAAUGUUGUUAGAUCUAAUUUGAUCUAUGUAUUGAGUCAGAGUAGGGAAAGAGUAGUUGGGGAACUUUUCUGUAUCACACGACUAUCCUCCCUGUUAGCAAAUUGAGUCAAUCCGUUAUUCAAAUUAACUUAUAAAAAUUUAGUGUAGUUGGCCUACACUUUAUAUUACGCCUCUAGUAACUGAGUAGGUUGUUUCCCAUUUCACCCCCAUUAGUUUAAUACGAUUUAAUUAAUUGCUAGCUAAUACACUGUUUGUAUAAGGUUACUGGUACUUAUUCUUUGACUUAUGUUUUUUGUUUGACUAGAAGUUUAAUCCAAGCAACAAAUUAUUUGUGUUCUUUGUAGCAGCAAACCUAAGUACUCAUUGAGCCAAUACUAUUAAGGGAUAACUGUGUGGAUAUAAGUUUAAAAUCCCUUUCACUGUGUACUUGUUUUGACAAGUGCUAAGAAAAUGGCUGUAAAUUUGCUUAGUCUGCAGAUUAGUUGCAGCAAACAAAUCUCUUGUACAAGCAUUGUAAGUUACCGCUUUUGUUAUGUACAAAGUCAUACGGAUAUACACAUUUAUUACAGCUGUUAAAUUGAAGUAAUAUCUUUGACUAUUGAUGAAACUAGACAUUCCAUCAUCUGUGUUAAAGUUGUCGCUAGUUAAAAAAAUCUAAAUGGUCGUAGUUGAUGUAUAGAACCACUGACGAUUACGCUGAUGUAAAGUAAUUCAUUUCUGUCAAGCACAUACAUUUUUAACUAAAUCAAACUAGUAGGAUGACUUAUUGUAAGCUAAAACAUUUUUUAUGUCACGCCAACCAACUCAGUAACAAAAAAUAAGGUAGAAAAUAGAAUUUUAGACUCUAGCGCAAUCUGUGACUGGCUCAUUUAGCUAUGUUUUUUUUUUUUUAUAUAUAAAAAAUUUGUAACAUCUGGUUCAUAUAGAUGGAAUGUCUACUUCACAAAAGUCAAUUGUAUUAUGCCCGUUUUAGAUAAAUUUGUUAAGUCUCAUUAUUUUAUUCUAUUUCACAAAGUUGUUAUUCUGAAACUGUUACAUUAUGCUUCAAAUGUAAAUUAAUGCUUUCAUAGUUUUUAUCUGAUGUUGAUUGGAGAAUGUAUUAUUAUCAUGUAUUACAUUGUAUUUUACAACAGAGGUUUGUCCUAUUAUGUUUAAGGUUGAAUGUUUUGUAUACUAAUCCCUCUAUGGUUGUUAUUAGAUUUGUAUAUAGAACCUUUAUUAUAAUGAAUAUUGUUAUAUAAUAUGUAUAUUUCAGUUAAACAGUAGAUUUAAGGUAUGAUUUGUAAAUAUUUUAGUUAGUGCGCUCUCUUAUUACAUUCCAUUUGGACUGAUUACAACGAUUUAUUAACAAGGAAUCUGUUAUUUCGAUAAAUUAUUGUAGUUUUAUGCAAUAAUAAAUAUUUGCCCAUAA